GAUGCGUCAGAUGAGCCGUGGCUGUAGAAGCGAGUAAAGAGGGGGAUGGGGAGGAUUGUUUUUGUGUUGCAUUCCUGCAGUGUGUUUGACCUUUGACCUCGUUGUUGUGUCCUCCUCGUCUUGCAUUCCAGAGUGAGGAUUUCCUGCAGUAUGCCAAAGGCGCUAGUAGUGGCUGUCGGGGCUCGCCUGUUCUGUGCCCUGUCUGUGUUUACGACUAUUUGACCAGCAAUACGUUACUGAAAAACUAUCUGGACUGCGUGCACGUUGCUGCUGCUGCUGCUGCAAGAACUGAUCCCCUUUUUUAUCAAGACGUGCGAGUCCAGGGCGAAAGCGCAAAUACAUUUUCAACUUGAGAGUGAGAGGAUAUCAAAGACCUUACAGCUAGCCUAGCACGCUAGCGGGCUUGCAGUAUAUCACGCACACGUUUCAUAUCCGCCGAUUUGAGCAGAGGCUUCUGUAUUAAACCCACACCCGCGAGACAACGUUGAGGAAAUGAAGGACAAACAAAAGAGAAAGAAGGAGCGCACAUGGGCAGAGGCAGCUCGCAUGGUUCUGGAGAACUUUUCUGAUGCCCCAAUGACCCCUAAACAGAUUCUGCACGUUAUUCAAACAAAGGGACUUAAAGAAAUGAGGUAUGGUGGAAAUUAAUUGAAUUUACGGUAAUAGACAUGACAUAUUUACAUGGACAUAUUUUUGCUUGAAAACAGAAGCCAUUUGUUAGAGAUUAGUUGCCAUGUUGAUUCCAUUAACAAUGCGCUUAAUGGUGUAAAGAGUUUCGAUAAUCAUGCUGUUUUGUAUUUCUCUGUUUUUCUCAAACCUCCUCCAUCACAAAACAGAAGUGGCACAGCCCCACUGGCCUGUCUGGUCACCAUGCUUCACUCUCAGGUCAGAGGAGACCGAGUAAAGAACAGUAUUUUUUUCAAGCUGCCUGGAAGGAUGAGUCUAUUUACCUUGAAGAAAAAUGCCCUACAGUGGACAAAGAACCCGUCAGCAGCCGAAUCUGGAGAUAUGGCAGGAACCCCGACAGCAUCCACCGCGACAGUUGGAGCAGCAGAAGGGGCGGAGCAGGAGAGCUGUGACUCCACAGAAACAACUGCUGCUAGUGGUGAAAAUGAUGCCUCUGUGGAUGAGACCUCCUCCAGUGCAUCUUGCUCCACAGAACCACUACAGACCAGACUGAGUCGCUCUUCACAGUCAGGCAGGCAGAGGAAGAAAGCUGUGAUGAUGCCCCGUGUAGUGCUCACUCCUCUCAAGGUCAACGGGGAACACGUCCCAUCAGGAGCAGCGGGGAGGCGCAGGGAAGGCUCUAGGGGGGGUCCAGCCCCCACUCUCCGUACCCGCUCCGAGCUGGGCUGGAAACGCACCCAGCACUUCAAGAGCAUGCGGGGCCUUCGUUCAGGUCCAAUGAAGAGAAACCGAGGCGGUGUAGAGGUGGAUUUUGAAACUCCUGGCUCCAUUCUGGUCAACACCAACAUUCGUGCUCUCAUCAACACACGCACAUUUGCUGCUUUCCCAUCUCAUUCUCAACAGCAACUUCUUCAGCUUCUCCCAGAAGUGGACAGACAGAUUGGCCCAGAUGGACUUGCUCGGCUAAGCAGCUCAGCACUCAAUAAUGAAUUCUUCACUCAUGCCUCUCAGAGCUGGAAAGAACGGCUAGCUGAGGGUGAGUUCACACAUGAGAUGCAGGUUCGCUUCAGACAAGAGAUGGAAAAGGAGAAGAAAGUAGAGGCAUGGAAGGAGAAAUUCUUUGAGGAGUACCAUGGUCAAAGGUCUGGCCUGACUAGAGAGGAAGCAUUAAAGCUCACAAUGAGUGAUGCAGGAGAUGUUGCAAGUGCAGUCCCAGACUCUGAUACUGUGCCAGUGGCUGCACCCAAAAGACGAAGUGUUGGAAGAAGACGGAGGGAAGGCCGAAUCAGACGCCGCUCACGGGCUGACCUCAGACGCAAGGCUCGACGCACACUUUGCAAAACAGCAGCUGCCCCUGUACCCUCAGCAGAACCAACAGAGAGCACUGCAACUACAGAUGUUGUACCAUCAGUUGAAUCGCCAGUCCCAGAAGCCACAGCAGUUCAGGGAGAAGUGAUUCUCCAAGCAGAAAUUGGACUGGAAAGUCCAGAAGAAAAUCUUUCUGUAGAGGCGGUCCCCUCCCCUGUUCCCAUACCUACCCCUCCUCCAGCCUCCACAAGCUCAACCUGCGAUGAACCAGAAGCAGAACCAGAACCAGAAACUUCCACACGCCUGAUGCCUGAAGUGGCCGAACCAGCUGUUGCCUCCACAUCUUCUCCUUCCUCAUCCUCCUCUUCAACAUCGUCAUCCUCGUCCCCCUCUUCCUCUCCCUCCUCUGCGUCAGACAGACAGGCCUUUGCUGCAAGUUCAGACUCCUCUUCUUCAUCUUCCUCCUCCACAGCUGCAGUUGCCACAGACCCAUUGGAUGACGGGGCUUCGGUCAUUACCACUGGCACAGCAGGCACUGGCACAAGCAGUAGGGAGAGCAGCCCGGCAGCCAGUCCCUCCACAGCAAGCCCAGCCAUUCAGCUUAAAGAGCAGAAGAGAAGGCCAGACGAGUCCCAGGCCUUCACCAGCUUUCCCGAGAAAAGGGCGCGGCUGGAUGAGCGUCAGUCCUUUCGUAACACAGUUGACUGUGUGUACUCAGAAAAGCCCCAGCCUACAACAGAGGAACCCAAGGUCCCGCCAAUCCGGAUACAGCUGUCCCGGAUCAAACCGCCGUGGGUCAAGGGGCCAACGUACCAAAUCUGUCCCCGCAUCGUCCCCCCCAUCGAAGGGUCGCGGCGCUCUGGGACAGGGGCGCGCACCCUUGCGGACAUCAAGGCCCGUGCGCAGCAAGCCCGUGCCCAGCGGGAAGCCGCUGCUGCUGUUGCAGCCUCUGGCGAUGGGGGAGGGCCAGGGGGGAGCGGCCCGGGGGGUGGUACUGGGAUACCGGAUCGCUCCAGUGGGAGGCGUUCGAGAGAGCACCCGGGUCCCAUUGAACCUGGAGGAGGAGGAAGACGAGGAGGAGGAGGAAGAGUUGACGUGGAGGAGCAGGAAUCGCCUGCGAGCUCUCAUUCGUCUGGAACACAACUACAGCUAUCCAGUGUAGAUUCAACAGACCAGCCUCAAGGCUCCACUCCACUAACUAUGCCGUCUCCAUCAUCUGUGUCUUCAAACCCAUCUCUGCCACCGUCAGAGUCUUCGAAAACUCUUACGCUAUCACCACCUGCAACAGACAGUCCUGCUUUCCAGGACCAAGUUGAGGAGGUUUGCGGAGUGGAAGAGGUUACUGCCUGCCCAAGUGACAAAGCCUCCGAGCAGACCUUAGACACCCCAGUGCCUACGCCAAGUGAGCCAGAGUCUUUUUGCAGUCACCAAGAUGGGAGAGGUGAGGAAUCAAGUGAGAGUGGAACGACUACCCCUGUCUGUACCUCAUCAUCAAAAGAUGCCGUUUCCCUAGUGCCCACCUCUAUACCAGACUCGCUGCCAAGAUUUGGUGCCCAGGGUGUGGAUGUCAUCAGGACCCUGGCUGCUGCUUCUCAACCCUGGGAGGGUGAACAGAAUGGUGCUGAGCACCAACCAGGGACAACUGGAGUUAUCCAGCAUGGCUCAGACUUGAAAUUUUCCAAAGAGACACUUGUUACAGCCCGAAACGGAUGGGUAGAAAAUAGUGAAGAGCAUUCUGUGAGAGAGGGGUUGUUAAAUGAACAUAAAAAUGGAGGUAGUGAUGCUGAUGUCAAUUAUGAAUUGUCCUCUCUACCUUGUCUGCCAAGUAAUUCUGCUGAGGAAGACACUGGAAUGCACAGUGAUUCAACAGAGACCGCAUCAGACUUUGAAAAUGAAACUCAAGAGGAUGAAUCAAUAGACUGGCACGAAACACGAACAGAUGGUAACAGCUUGCAAGCUCACAAUACAAAAUCACAGAAUCAACCUGUCAUUCAGACCUCAAGGUGGCUUUCUUCAUCGACGUUAAAUCCUCCUCAGCACCAGCAACCAGUCAUACAGGCCCAUGUGUCUAACCCCACCCAUACUCAGACUGUCAUUCAAGCUCGCUUCCCUAAUGGUUUGCCAAAUCAGCCAGUCAUUCAGCCUCAAAAGCCCCACACAGUUCGUACCCCUGCUAUAAACCAUGCACAGGAUCAGACUGCCACCGUGUCCUCGCAACCAUAUCUGACACAAGUAGAAAGGGACCAAAGCCGAAAUCUACAUUUGAAUGAUAACAGCAAUGGUGGCAAGAUGUUUGUCCUGACAGAGGAUGAAACCAGACUUGUUAGCAGAGGCCCUUUAGAUGAUUUUGGAUUAAAAAAUUCUGCACUUCCGCCAAUUGCCAGAAGAGUUCAAGGUUUAUCUCGACCAGUUUCCUCUGUAGAGGCCAACAAUCCUCUUGUCACACAGCUUCUUCAAGGAAGCCUUCCUUUAGAGAAGGUCUUACCCCAACCUCACUCAGCCAGCAAACUGGAAAUUAAUCGACUCCCAGGAGCCCCUGCAGGUAACUCGGUCCAACCCGGAGGACAUCCCAGAAACCUGGGUCCACGUUUUAAAGGCCCAUCUGAGACAGGAGGACCCAUAGACCCCGGUGGCUCUGAGCUUCAGCACAAAGCUCGAGUGUCUCCUGGAGCCAGUAGAAACUUUGGAUCUUCUCCGCCAGGUUCUGCUCCUUUGCGAAUGGCAUGUUUGUUUGAGGAAGCUAACUCAAGGUCUACAAAUGUUCUGUUUGCUUCUCAACAACCAGGUGUAGCGCCCCCAGGGGCGGUACCUGUUAUAACAUCCCUCCCCACUAACUCUUCCAGCAGGACCUCAAUGGAUAUAAACCCUCAGAAUGCUUCAGUUUAUGAGUCAGCUGUCAUUAAAGAGCACCCUGGACCUCAACCUUCACGGGGUGAAACUCAGGAAAGGCCUGCUACCUUUCAACAGCACCCCAACAAUGUCUCCCAGGCUGUGUGCAGAACCACACCUGAUGCUCCCUCACCUCAACGCGGUGACCUUUGUCCUUCCGAGGUUGUACCUACUGUCAAGAUUAACUGGCGCCCAUCUAAACCUCAACUGUCUCAGAUGUAUCAGCAAGAGCUUUCUCCUAUAGCUACAAUUAAAAAUGAGGUCUCUUUGCGCCCCUCGUGCCAACAAGCUCUCACCAAAAACUCACCUGCUCCUAUCAGUGGCAAUACUUCUGUUGUAAUAACCAAAAAGGAGCCUCAGAGCUCUCUGGACAGUUUUCAUUGUGGUGGUGGAGCUAUGGAAGGACUACUGAAUAUGGAAAUGUCUUUUGCCAGAAUGGCCAAGAAAGAACAAGUCAAAAGUACGUACGGCCGCAAAACAGACACCUCAGCCUCUCCAGUCUCCUCCUCCCCUUCUUCAUCUGCCUCCAGUCUCCCAUAUCAGCUUUAUGGCAAGCUACCAAAACUGCAGCAGAGUGGUGGUGGUGUCAGCGGGGGCUCUUCAACCAGCUUCAGUUACACAGCUAACGUUUCCAUGGUGGACGGUAGUGGCUUCUCUCGAAGUUUAGCCGACGGUGUUUUGCAGCUAAGGCCACGCAUGAGCAUCAAUAGCGGUGGAGGUCAGAGUGCUACACUUAGCAUUCAGGCUUUCGCAGACAAUGCUGCAGAGGAAGUGGCACUCAAGUGUUCCUGCCGACUUAAGGCCAUGAUCAUGUGCCAGGGCUGUGGUGCUUUCUGCCACGAUGAUUGCAUUGGCCCCUCCAAACUGUGUGUGUCAUGUCUGGUGGUCAGAUAGUUUCGAUGCAGCUUCUCCAAACUGAGCCUAUUGGUCAGAGCAAACGCUUUGGCCAUUUCCAUACAUUCUAGCCCCUUGUAAGUGGUUAGACACCACAAGAAGUCUCGGACUCUUGGGAGCACAGAAGAGGCAUGAGUGUUGAAAUACAGUAGGGCUGGAAGAUUACUUGUAAGAUAAAAUUCAGUCUGUAUUUUUGUUGCAUAUUUUUUCUAUUGCUGUUAUGGUGUUAUUGUUAUUAUUAUGAUCACAAUGAUAUUGUUAUUAUUAUUAUUGGUAUUAUAACGUGAAUUUACAUGGCACGGUUGAUUGUAAAUUGUGCCUUUUUUUUCCCCAACAAAACAUUUACCUCAUCUACUUGACACCAGUCAUCAGUUCAGUGUGACGAUGGUGACGUUACUGUUUGUUUUCGUCUCGGAAAGCCUCUCUGUGAAGAGAGCUUUGAGAGAAUUUUGUGUGUGAUGUCUUGCAAAGAAAUAUUUUUUUAAAUCAUUAAACGAGAAAAUGGCAUUUUCGUUAUUUUGUUUAAGUGAUUUCACUAUUUUGUUUUCAUUUUUAUUUACUUAUCCAAAGUGAAGUCCAGUCUGUAUAUGGCGGUUAAGCACAGUAUUCAAAUCUAAUAAAGCUGAAACAGAGCGGAUCUUUUCUCUUUGAAUUUU